CGCAUCUUGUUACACCACCUUUUUUUCCUGCACCUUGCCUUACUUGCACGGCAAUGACGUUUUUGUCGCUUGUUUUACAUAAAGUGUGCUUAUGACUUUCUUGAUCAUACUAACAUUAAUAACACAUCAACCUUCUGUACAAUCCAUUUCCGCGAUAAUGUGUUUGCUUAGCGCUUGAGAGUUAGACGAUUCUUAGAUCGUUAUCCUUUGCGACGCAUCCACUAAUCCACCUAUGAUAGUCUGUCACUUGCGCACUAGGCGGUGAACUCGUCCCUAUUAAUUGAACUAGUACUCCAAAAGAUAAAUAACCUUGGAAUCUCAACUUUCCUGAUUUCACGAAACACCUAUGACUCUACACACCUGUCAAGGAAAAAGCAACGAGUAAUCGAUCGGAUACGUGAACACUAUGCAUCUCCAAAAUGCUAACGGGGUUGCCAAUGGCCAACUUGGCCAGUUGCGACACAUUCCUCUUUCAUACGACAGCGAGAACCCUGAUUCCUCUGCCCGUGCCCUCAUCCUCGCCCUACGUCCUGAAUGGUCGAGCCCCGACUCUAAACUCGAAUUCAUAUCAUUCAAAGACGGCAUCACAAAUACAUUAUUAAAAGCCAUCAAUAAGAAAGAGGGGAUGUCUGAAGAUGAAGUAGACAAGGAAGCAGUUCUGCUGCGAGCAUACGGACAUGGAACCGAUGUGCUCAUAGACCGACAUAGAGAGACACAGAAUCAUGAACUUCUCAUGAACCAUGAUCUGGCCCCGGAGUUGCUAGCUCGCUUUGACAACGGCAUGAUAUACCGUUAUAUCAGAGGCACGGUUACCCAGCCCGCCGACCUUAGGGAACCAUCGAUAUACUUGGCUGUUGCAAGGCGACUAGCACAGUGGCAUGCUAUCGUUCCCUGCAUAUACGAAGCACAUCCGCUAAAGAACAGGAUGAACGGUGUUAAUGGGAAUGUCAACGGUUCUCGUAAUGCGGCUAUUGAGCAUGCAGCGCCUGGGAAACCUUCUCCUAAUGUAUGGACGGUUAUGCAAAAAUGGAUAUUUGCCCUCCCUACCGACACCGAGGUUCAACGUACUCGACAGGCAGAUCUCCAGCAGGAACUUACCAAGCUUAUCGAGGAAUUGAGUGAACGGCCUGGGUUAGGAGAGAAUGGCCUUGUCUUUGCGCAUUGUGACCUCCUGAGUGGAAAUGUCAUUAUUGAACCUCAAAGUACAUGUGCCAAGGAAGGGGAACACCAGAAGAAAGUCAGCUUUAUUGACUACGAAUAUGCCACUCCUUCGCCCGCAGCUUUUGAUUUGGCAAACCACUUCGCCGAAUGGGGUGGCUUCGACUGCGACUACACUGUGUUGCCAACACGUGCACAGCGGUUAGAGUUUAUUCGGGAAUAUAUCCGCACUUAUUUUAGCCUACUUCCCGAAAAGCCUAGCAGCAUAGACGAGGAAGCCGAAACGCAGAAACUGCUAGCUGAAGUUGAUAUAUUCCGUGGUGUGCCUGGGUUCUACUGGGGGAUAUGGGCUUUAAUCCAGGCAACCAUUUCACACAUUGAUUUCGACUAUGCCGAGUAUGCCGAGAUCAGACUAGGAGAGUACUGGGGAUGGAGAGAAGCGACCAAGAGUACGGAAGUUUUCUCAGGCAAGGAGUUGUCGCUGCGAGAAAGGAGAUGGGCGCAACCGGAAUAAAUCCGGGCUUGCAAGGAGGAAGAGCCUUGGUUAUUCACGACAGCAUCGUAAUAGAUACCAUUUUAUGAUAGAGGGCGUGUCUGUAGACCUCCCGCCCGCACGGUCAAAUUAAUGAAUGAUGUUUUCAUGAAAUUUAAGACUAGAGAGUACGAAUUUUUCACACCAUCGGAUACUCUUCAAGAUACCUUGCAAAUGGAUGUUACAUUUUCUG